AUGUCUGCGAAUGGAUUGUCUCAGGGCUCUCAUGCCUCUGUCCAUCCUUCCACUGGCGAGGACAACACUCUUCGCCAACGUAAAAUCCCCGUUGUUCCUGUUGUCCCCGAGCGCCGUUUUGACCCCAAGGCCCCGAAACACAUUCAGGAACAACCAUGGACCCUUGAUAACUUUUGGCGCCACUUCAACUGGCUGCAUUUGAUUCUUUUGUUUAGUUUUCCUGCCAUCGGUAUUUAUGGUAUUUGCACGACUCCUUUACAUACCAAGACUCUGAUCUUUUCCAUCGUCUAUUACUUCUACUCGGGUCUUGGUAUUACUGGUGGUUACCACCGUCUCUGGGCUCACCGUUCCUACAAGGCCAAGAAACCCCUCCAAUACUUCUUCGCCGCUGGUGGUGCCGCCGCCUUUGAAGGUUCUAUCCGUUGGUGGGCUCGUGACCAUCGUGCUCAUCACCGUUAUACCGACACUGACAAGGACCCUUACAAUGUCAAGAAGGGUUUCUGGUACGCUCACAUUGGCUGGAUGAUCAUCCUCCAAAACCCUCGUCGUAUUGGCCGUACCGAUAUUUCAGACUUGAACACCGACAAGCAUGUCGUCUGGAAUCAUCGUAACUUCCUUCUGUUUGCUACUGUGAUGGCCUUUGUUGUACCUAGUCUUAUUUGUGGUUACUUCUGGGGUGAUUACCGUGGUGGCUACUUCUACGCUGGUAUCUGCCGUCUUGUCUUUGUUCACCAUGCUACCUUCUGCGUGAAUUCCCUCGCUCAUAUCUUGGGUAGUCAACCUUUUGACGAUACCAACUCCGCCCGUAACCACUACAUCACCGCCCUUGUCACUCUCGGUGAGGGUAACCACAACUACCACCACGCCUUCCCUAACGACUACCGUAAUGGUUUAAGAUGGUACGAAUACGACCCUACCAAGGGUUUCAUCUGGGCUUGCAGUCUCAUUGGUCUUGCUUACGAUCUCAACACCUUCCCUCAAAAUGAAAUCGAAAAGAGUCUUGUUCAACAAAGACAAAAGGUUUUGGACCGCUGGCGUGCUCGCCUCAACUGGGGUACUCCUUUGGAGGUCCUCCCUGUUAUGGAAUUUGAAGAAUUUUUGGAACAAAGCAAGGCUCGCCCUCUUGUCCUCAUCAACGGUGUCGUUCACGACGUGACUGGUUUCCAACACCCUGGUGGUCAAGGUCUUUUGCGUUCUGCCUUUGGUAAGGAUGCCACUGCUGCUUUCAAUGGUGGUGUAUAUGAGCACACCAAUGGUGCCCAUAACUUGCUCUCUACCUACCGUAUCGCUGUUGUCCGCGGUGGUAUGGAAGUUGAGGUUUGGAAGUCUGGUGCCGGUGAAAAAAUGCCCAUGAAAGAUACCUUUGGUCACCGAAUCGUUCGUGUUAACGAGCAACCCACUCGCCUUCAGCCUCCUAUUGAAGCCGCUGCUGCUAAUUGA